GCCCUUAAAAUCUCAUCGGGUUCUCAACAAUUAAUAAUUACUAUAUACGUGUUCAUGAGUAUUUUUUUUUUAGGAUUGUGAAAACAGAUAAUUUUUUAUUUCGGUUCGUUACCAUUUACCAUUUCUGAUUGGAUUGAGAGAGUGCACACGAAAUUUGGCAAAAGGGAAAUCUAUAACAUUCUAUGACCAGUAUGGCAGCCGAAAUAAAACCAGCACAGCGUAACAACGAUCGCUUUCGGUUUAGUACCUCCAAGAAGCCGGAGUUAUUGGGCAAAUUGGAAGGAAGUGGUGAUGAUGUGAAUGCAGCCAUACUGAUACCUGGAGAGAAUGGAGUGAUAAGCGUUUCGGAUGAUAAAACAAUUCGGGUGUGGCUUAAGCGUGAUUCUGGUCAAUAUUGGCCAAGUAUUUGUCAGUAUAUGCCAUCCGGCUGCUCGGCCAUCGAAUAUGUCCAAGACUCAAGAGUUCUAUACGUUGGACAGGAUAACGGUACCGUGACUCAAUAUACACUCUCUGAAGACUGCAAUCGCUUGUCAUUUGUGCGUGACUAUUUGUCGCAUCAAGGGCGCGUUGUGGCUGUUGUCUUCUCCAAGACACAUAAUUGGGUGUUGUCAGCAGGAAAAGAUAAACAGUUUUCGUAUCAUUGUACAGCAAGUGGCACAAGAGUGGGCGGAUAUAGCUUUGAGACACCGUGCACAGCCCUGCAAUUUGAUGCACUUGCUAAAUAUGCUUUUGUGGGGGAUAAUGCUGGUCAAAUUACCAUGCUGCGUUGCGAUGUUCAGGGAGUCCAACUUAUCACUACUUUCAAAGGUCACACUGCCGGUAUACGUUGCUUGCGAUGGGUUGAGGGACCUCAGUUAUUAUUUAGCGGUGCUUGCGAUCAGUCUGUUAUUGUCUGGGAUGUUGGAGGCAAACGUGGCACCAUUUAUGAGCUUCAAGGGCACAGCAACAAAGUUUCUGCUCUUGCAUAUGCCAAUCAAACCCAACAGCUUAUCAGUUGCGGUGAAGAUUCAGUUGUCGUCUUUUGGGAAAUGAAUGCCAUGCGAAAGGAAGUACCAGGUUGGGUGGAAUCAAAUAAUUGUCAGCUAUGCUCUAGACCAUUCUUUUGGAACUUCCGUUCAAUGAUGGAUCAGAAGCAAUUGGGCAUUCGACAACAUCAUUGUCGUCAUUGCGGCAAAGCUGUAUGCGAUACUUGCUCUACGAACCGUAUUAAUAUACCAAUAAUGGGAUUUGAAUUUGAUGUUCGAUGCUGCGAUCCCUGCUUCAAGCAGCUACAAACAGUAGAGCGUCCCUCGCUAGCAUCUUUCCAUGAUGCCAAACAUUCAAUUGUGCACAUGGAUCUCGAUGAGGAUCGAAAACGUCUUUUGACUGUUGGUCAGGACAGGCUGAUUAAAGUGUGGGAUCUCUCUACGAUUUGGGUGUAACAGCUGAUUCACAGUGAUUUUUGCUUCAAUGUUCCGGAUUCUUAAACUAAAUCAAAAAAAAAAUAAUAAAAAUACAAGAAACACACAUUGUUUACAACAGAACUGGAAAAUCCCCAAAAAUAUGGAUCUAAAUGGAAAACGGCACUCAAGGUUGGAAAGAUUAAUGAAUAUGUGGCCGAAUCAUAAUUCCAAAAUAUUUAUAAUUAAUGUAAAACAUUUUCAUACUGAUGUAUGUUACGUAUAUUUACACUAUUUAGAUUAAUUUCAUCAGAUUGAAGAUGAUGUAAAACAUAAAAAUCCAUCGAUAUUAAUAAACCCCGAUUGUUGGUGUCAAUCAAUAUAAUUAUCAUAA